GCGGAUGAAAUAGGGAAGUGAAGAAAGUUAAAGUGAAAGUUCUCACUCAAAGCCCCUUUCGAGAACCUACAGUUUUCAAUUUAUCACCUCGAUCUCAUUUUUCUUGUUAUUUUAAAUGAAAGAGGGCGUAAAUAAACGAUGCAAAUGACGCCAUUUGAUGACACGUGGGUGCCUUUUGAUUAAUGCAACAGAGUGGGACAUCCCCCUCAGGAGCUGAAGAGAAAAUCUUGGAUCGGUGCGUCCGGCUUUUUGGGUCCCGACUUGAGCGAGCCCGACGUCAAAGUGUUCGAACUCCCCGUGGAAAAACAAAAACAACACAAAUGAAGCCGAUCGACGAGUCGUCGCUUUAGCCCAGCGGGGUGGACUUCCCAGGCGGCGGUCAGGCUCGUCGCCCCCACCACCGGUGGUCCCACCCUUGCCGAGAUAUGUGGUUGAACCCGGAGGAAGUGGCGCUGAAGAACGCGCUCAAGCUUUGGAUCACCGAGCGGAGCAAUGACUUCUUCCUGCUGCAGAGGAGGAGAGGCCACGGGGAGCCCACCGCCAGGAUCAGCGGCCUCCUGGUGGGGGCGCUGGAUACGGUGCUGGACUCCAACGCCAGGGUGACGCCCUUUCGAAUCCUCUUCCAGAUCCCAGGCUCGCAGAUUAGUUGGAUCAUCGCGUGCGGAGCUGUCAUGGAGGAAGUGAACAAGCACUGGGAUUGGCUGGCGCACAACCUGCUGCACUCGCUGUCCAUCUUUGAGAACAAGGAGGAUGUGGCCAGCUUCGUCAGAGGAAAAGUCAAGGGCCUGAUCGCCGAGGAGUCCCGCGGUCGUCAGGCCGCCCAGGAGGACGAGCCGGAGAAGUUCCGCGAGGCUCUGCUGAAGUUUGAGCGGCACUUCGGGCUGCCGUCGUCGGAGAAGCUGGUCACUUUCUACUCGUGCUGCACGUGGAAGGGACGAGUGCCACGCCAGGGUCUUCUCUACCUCAGCAUCAACCACAUGGCUUUCUACUCUUUCCUGCUCGGGAAGGAAGUCAAGUUUGUGAUUCCCUGGGCGGACGUGAUUCGACUGGAGCGGAUCUCCGGCGGCUUCAUGACGGAGGCCGUCCGGGUGAGCACGAGGCGGCGGCAGAGGGACUUCUCGAUGUUCCUCAACCUGGACGAGGCCUUCGGGGUGUUGGGGCAGCUGGCUGACAUCGCCCUGCGCCGGCUGCUGGACAGCGAAGGCCUGGAGCUCGAUCGAGUGCUGCAGCAGCCGACUCGCAUCACCAAGAGGGUCCUGGAGGAGCAGGCAUUGCGUGAGUACGUGCUGGCCCUGUUCCGCCUCCCUCGCGCCGAGAGGCUGCACGAGGUGGCGUCGUGCUCGGUGUGGACGCCCCACGCCCGCUGCCACACGGCCGGCACGCUCUACACCACCGACAACUACUUGUGCUUCUCUAGCCGAGAGGAGGGACAGUGCCUUCUACUUAUUCCCCUCUCGGAGGUGCUGUCUGUGGAGAAGGCAGAGAGCACGUGCGCCCUUCCCAACCCGAUGAUCGUCAGCGUGCGCUCCAAGAAGGCCUUCCAGCUCAUCGAGCUCCAGGACCGUGACGACCUGGUGGAGAGUCUGGAGUGCAGGCUGCGCUCGCUGCACCUCAAGCAGUCGGCCUUUCGCGGCAGCCGACACGCCACGAGGACUGCGUGCUCCCCCAGUCCGUACUACACGUUCUACUACGACACUGCGUGCUCGGAUGAGGAGGAGAUGGAGGAGCAGGUCCUUCGGAACACUGUCAAUAGUGAAGCGCUCGUGACAGCUUUCCAGUACAACACUCCGGGAAAUAACGACGACAAGAAAAUGGAGGCAGUGAAAGAGAAGAUGUGGGAAGAUCACUUCGCUGAGUUUGGCCGCGGCGUCCACAUGUUUCGCACCGACAAGGUCCAGCGGCUGGUCGCCAUGGGGAUACCCGAGUCACUGCGGGGUGAGCUGUGGAUGACGCUCUCGGACGCAUCUUCCGAUCUGGACUCGCACCCGGGCUACUAUGCCACCCUGGUGCAGACGUCCAUGGGCCAGACCAGCCUGACCACAGACGAAAUCGAACGGGACCUCCACCGCUCCCUACCGGACCAUCCGGCAUUCCAGAACCCCACCGGCAUCGCCGCGCUACGGCGCGUACUCACCGCUUAUGCCCAUCGCAACCCCAAAAUCGGAUACUGUCAGUCGAUGAACAUCCUGGCAUCAGUGCUCCUUCUCUACGCCAAAGAAGAAGAAGCAUUCUGGCUGCUGGUGGCCGUCUGCGAGCGGAUGCUUCCCGACUAUUUCAACCGCCGGGUGAUCGGUGCCCAAGUGGACCAGUCAGUGUUCGAGCAGUUGAUCAGCGAGUGUCUCCCCGAUCUGACUGAUCAUUUUCCGGACCUUUCCACUUUGUCUUCGGUGUCCCUCUCCUGGUUCUUGACCAUCUUUGUCAGCGUACUUCCCUUCCACAGUGCCAUCCGUGUAGUAGACUGGUUCUUCUUCCACGGCAUCAAGGCCAUCUUCCAACUGGCUCUGGCCGUGCUGCAGGCCAACGCCGCCAGCCUUUGCGCCCGAGUUGACGACGGACAGGCGCUUCUGGUCCUUGCUAGUUUUCUGGAGCAUGUCGUAAGCGACCAGUCGGAUCUCGCCGAAUUCUUUCAGCUUCCUGCAGAUGGCGGCAACAAGAUGGCGGAUACUCCUGCUCCGGGCCAGACAAACAUAACACAACUUAUCAGUGACGCCAAUGAAAGGUUCGGCGAUCUAACAGUGAGGAAGAUCGAGAGGCUUCGCUGUCGACACCGGAUUCAAGUUCUGCAGGCGCACGAAGACACCACCAAAGAAAAUGCUUUGAGAGUGGUGACGCCGGACGUUUCCAUCCCCGCGGAAGACCUGGCGGACGUUUAUGACCUCUUUAAGACGGAGCAUUUCAUCAGUCUGUACUGGGGCGACACCAGCGCGGUGGCUGCGGCCGAGGCGGCGUCGUGGCGACGCGGCGCCUCCUACUUGGAGCGGCAGUACCGACUGGACCUGGCGCAGUUCAAGAGCCUGUACGGGCUGCUCGCCCCGUGGCCGGCGGGCGGCGCCCAGCGGAAUGCCGACGCCUUGGCCCGGCGCACCUUCGCCCUUUUGGACUCAGAAGGACAUCAUCUGCUCUCCUUCAGGGACUUUGCCCUCUGGCUAGACAUUUUGUACUGCGGGGAUCUGAGCGACAAGGUGAAGCUGCUGUACCGCCUUCACUUGCCCCCUGUUCUCACAGACGGCGAGGAACGCUCGCCCUCAUCCUCGUCUGGGAUGAAAACGGCGCCGGUGUCUUCGAGCAGACCUCUCUGCGUGGGCGGGGCCUCAGAGGAAGGACGCGCCGACGGGAAAGGGGAGGCCAAGGACUACCAGGAGCAGUUGAAGCGGAUGCUGCAGGACUUGGGGGUGGCCAAAGACAAGGAGAAGAACAGCCACCAGCCCCUCCCCCUCAUGAACCAGCGCGAGUUCAUCCAGCUGAGCAAGGCGCUGUGCAGCUUGUUCCACGGCGACCCCGACGAGAACGAGCUCUUCCAGGCCAUCGCCAAGGUCACCAGCCUGGUCUUGCAGAUCGGCGAGGCCACCGCCAGGCCGGCGGGACCGGACCGGGACCGGUCGCCGGUACCCGAGAGCGAGUGGACCGUAAGCCUGGCGCAGAUCCUGGCGUCUGUGCUGACCGAGCAGACGCUAGUUAACUUCCUGGAGAAAGCGUGCGACCUGACGGGCCGCAUUGCUGCCGCCAAAGAGAAGCAGUACCAACAGAGGGCGCCGCUGCUCGCCCUGCAGCACGCCCCCCGCCGCUAGGGCAAGUCGUUGGCCCAUCCGUCCAAAUAGACUAACGCCUUCGAAAUUCACUGUGAGGUAAUUACAAUUUUUCUACACAAAUAUUUUUUAACUUGCGUAAUUUCUCAGCCUGCAUGCACCUUCACAUGUUUUUUUUUUUCUUUGUUUGUUUUUCCACUACCUGGAGCCAAACUGUGCACAAAACUUUAUCAUAACAGCAAAACACUGGAUUUGUCUUUUUUUGUUUUUUAAAAUAAAAUGUAUGCUUUCGACAAUGAGAA